AUGCCUAUUCGAACAAAAACUUCUUUUUCCAUAUCAAUAAUUCAUCCAUGUAAUCUAAGGCAAUCAGCAAACGACAACUCCUGCCUUUCCGCGGAUUAUCAGUGCCUUCUAUGGCAACUUCUCCAUCAAAUACCCAGACCCACAUGUACUCUGAUACUAAUGUACGUGUCAGAAACAUGUUCACCAUGCGGUCAUAAAUCAAUACGAAGGGUAUCUUAUCUUAAAAGUGCAAAGUCCACCGGCCAUUUUCCUACGGCAAGUUGCCAUGGUAUCUGUUCAUGUUUACGUACAUGUCAGACGCUGCUUCCAGCGGUGCUGUAA